UCUCCUUUCGCAUUGUAACUGCAUCAAAUCAGGAUUCGUGGAAAAACAUCCCAGCCUUAAGAGUCUGAAAUAGAUCUGCUGGUCUCUUCUGCAAAUUCUUCCUUUCAUCACCAGAGAAACAACAAUUCUUGUACAAUGGAGGAAGAAAUUAUUUCCCUAGAAGAUGAUGAUGACUUUGGUGGAAGUGGUGGCUUUUAUAAUAUUUCACCUACAUCCCUCAAUGAGUGCGAUGAUGUCUGGGCUGAAUAUUUUGGAAUUACUCCUCUGCUUGAUUUAACGAGCAACCUUCUCAAUGGCUCCAUUGCCAUUAUCUGUAUUUUAGGCCUGGUGGGAAACGGAAGGACAAUUUAUCUUCUGGCCUAUUCCAUUAAGAGGAAUCCUUUCACCACUUUUAUCCUGAAUCUCUCCAUCGCUGAUUGUGGGGUCCUCACAUCCUUUAUUAUUGCAGCUGUUUUUGUGGCUGUUUUAACUCCGCAUAAAAGCACUAAUCUACUGUUUGGCUUUGUCUUCUUAUUUCUUGAGCUCUUUUUCUUCACCUAUUCUGCUAGAUGGUUUCUGCUGAUGGCCAUCAGUCUGGACAGGUGUGUGGCUGUCCUUUUCCCACACUGGCAUCGCUGCCGUCGUCCUCCAUAUUUGCCUAACCUUGUUUGUGGCCUCAUCUGGAUCCUCUGUUUCCUGCUCUCUGCCGUGCACCUCAUUCUGUACCAAACUACCAACUUUGGAAUGUCACUUUUCUUUUUUCAGAUUAUUGUGAAUGGUUUACUUUGUACGCCUCUCAUGGUUGUGUCCACUGUGACUCUCUUGAUUCAUAUGAGGUCAAAAUUGCAACGCAAUCAAAGGAAACUUCUCAUCACUAUCUUGCUGGCUCUCCUCUUCUUCCUCCUUUUUUCUCUCCCAAUGGAUGUCUUUUAUGUCAUUGAAUAUUUAGGUUCCUAUAAUCCCCUCCUCAUGACAGUUGGGAUAGGAUGUGCGGCUCUCAACAGCAGCAUCAACCCACUCCUUUAUUUCUUAGUUGGGAGGAAGAAGAAGGGAAAGGAGCAACUCAGAGCAUCUUACAAGGUUGCUCUGCAAAGAAUCUUCAAGGAUGAGAAGGGCAGUCCAGAACAUCAGAAAACUAUGGAGGAGACCCAUUUGUGAGGAGUCUCUGGCAUGGUGUAUUCAUUCUUUAAAGUCCUAAAUGAUAUGUGGGCUCAUGAGGACAUACAGAAUUGAUGGAAUUUGCCAAACAAAAUAGCUACGGUAAUCACCAAACAAUGUAAACAGGAAAUAUUGCUGCAUGUGUAAUUUUCAAAGAGAAGAUGUUGAACAGAAAAAUGUUUUUAUACAAAUCCUUUUUUAAAAAAAAAAAAAAAUCAUCAUAACAACUCUAGAAAUAAUUCUUACCGAAUGACAUUUUUAAAAUCAGUAAUUUUCAUCAUUACUUAUUUUCCAAGCUUUUGUCCCUAAAGCCCUUGGUAGAAGAAUGUAUGGUUUCACAAACAGGAUGCAAAUUUAUAUGUGUAAUGAAAGAAACUGUACAGGGGGAAAU